CGGUCGCCGGCCAAACAGGCGGCGGCGGAGGCUUCUGCAGCGGUCGCAGUUGGCGGGCGGAGCUCCUCUGCGCCCCUCGGCCGGGUCCUUUCCGCUCUCUGGCGCCGCGCCAGCCCGUCUCGCUCCUCGGCGUCAUGACGACCACCACCACCUUCAAGGGCGUCGACCCCAACAGCAGGAACAGCUCGAGGACCCAGCCGCCAGCCGCCCCUGCCAAGUGCCUCCCCUCCGCUAACAAAGGAAAGCCCGCGCCCUCCCUCCCGCGCCCGCCCCGAGCCGGAGAGGGCGUGUGCCGGGCCGAGGUUUUGCGGCCUCCAGGUGGCGGGUCCAACUUCUCAUUAGGCUUUGACGAGCCCACGGAGCAGCCCCUGAGGAAGAACAAAAUGGCCUCCAGCAUCUUUGGGACCCCCGAGGAGAACCCCCCUUCGUGGGCCAAGGCGGCAGGGGCCAAGCCCAGCGGUGGCAGAGAAGACCCGGAGCCGGCCGGGCCCCGGAGGAGGAGCUCCGUGGAAGCCAGCGCGGGAGACUGCCUGGACCUGAAGGGAGAAGGCGACAUCCACGAAAACGUGGACGUGGACUUGCAGGCCAGCCUGGGGCAGAGCGAGGAGAAGCCGGUGCCCGCCCCGCCCGUGCCCAGCCCCGUGGCGCCGGCCCCGGUGCCGUCCCGGAGGAACCCGCCCGGCGGCAAGUCCAGCCUGGUCCUGGGCUAGCGCGCCGUCCGAACGCCAUCGUUUUGUCUGUCUGUCCGUCUCCUCCAUGCUUGUGAACUGCACAACUUGAGCCUGACUGUCCACCUUUGGGAUUUGUUUCAUUAAAGAAGAAGCACUUUAUGUCCCGCUGUCUUUCUUUCCCCCUUUCUCUGUGGAGGAGGCGCUCCCUCCGUCCGUCCUCCUGCCUGCGGGUCCCCGGGCCGAGGCAUGAGCGCCCCUAGUGGUAGAGAGGAGGGAAAGCCUCGAGCUUCGUCCCGUGUUUUUAAGAACAGAUCAUUUGGUUCCAAACGUGUUAGAGCAUCUUUUGUACUGAGGUUUUUAAAACCCCUUUCUUGUCAGCUUUACUUGGGCUUCCCAAGCCUAAUGGACAGGCCAGUCAACAGUCCACAGGCACCAUCCCUACCCCCCUACACCCCCCCCCCCCCCCCCCGCCCUGGGCUGUCUUUAUGCCGAACCUUCAGGGUGGCGCCCGAACUUGGCAGUGCCCUUUGCUAGAAGCAUCUUCCUGUGCCUCAUGCCUUGCUGCCUGCAGAGCAAAGAAGCUGCCUUUUCUGUUUGAACCGUAAGCGGGAAGCCGGUCACUAACGGGGCUGGCCCGGGAGAGCCUCCCGCUGACCCGCAGAGGACGCUGUGUCCACUGCAGCUGACCGAUUCCCCGUGAAGCCGGGCAGCGCUCUGACCGCCGGGGGCUGGUGCAUGAUGCUGGUACUGGGCCAUGACACGAAUCUCAUCCUUACAAACUGUUGUACUUCUCAAUCCUGGACUGUUGCUUCAAGUAAACAAAUGUACACAUUUUGA